AUGGUACUAGAACCGAAAGGAGAGCCUAGCACUGAUGGAAUCCAAAAUAGAAUUGGAAUUAAAGGGGUUUCCUAUACAUCCAACGAAGGCCAUAAAAAAGAAUUCGUUCAUAUUGAAAUUGACAUGCCUCCAGCUAAUGGUCAUUUAAAUGAACGUCAAAGGCAACCAUUGUUGGGUCUAUGUAAACAAGUAACAACAGCCAUUAGUAAUGGUGUUGGUUGGGAAUCAAGAAAUGAUUCAAAUACGGACAAUUGUGGUGAGCAUCAACGACCUAAUAUGGGUCAUAUACACCAAGCCUUGGCAGAUAACAAACAUCAACCUGAUAGUGGGACAACACCUACUGAAGAUGAUAGUGGAUUUAGUCACAAAUAUCUCAACCACAAUGCCGAGGGAGCAGCUGUGCACAUCGAUAUACCAAAUAAUGUUAAUGUGUUACCAUCAAAUGAUAAAAUUAGGAUCCCACAAGAGAAAUUCAAGACUUUUGUUGCAUUAAUAUUGUUGAUUGUGAAUUUUCUAAUCACCACUACAUCCUUGGCUGUUGUCCAUGAAAGAGUGCCGGAUCGUAAUCUGUACAAACCAUUACCGGAUACAUUUUUAGAUGCUGUACCUGCUCGUGACUGGGCAUUAGAUGUAUCAGAAAUACUUAUCAUUGUCAGCACAAAUUUAACAUUGUUAAUUAUUGCCAGUCAUAAGUAUAGGUUUAUUGUACUACGUAGACUGAUGUUCAUGUUGUCUCUUCUAUAUCUUCUCCGCUCUGUCACUAUGUUUGUAACUGUAUUGCCCACAUCUAGUAGCACUUAUUAUUGUUCGCCCAAAGCCAACUCAACAAAUCCAGUAAUGAUUGCUAGACGCGUAUUCCAGUUAUUUUCUGGUUUUGGUUUGUCAAUCAAUGGCAAACACACAUUUUGUGGCGAUUAUAUGUAUAGCGGACAUACCACAAUUUUAGUGAUGAGCUACUUAAUCACCGUUGAAUACUCUCCCAGACGAUGGUAUUUAUUGCAUUGGGCUUCAUGGUUGUUGGCAGCUGUUGGAGUAUUAAUGGUACUCCUAGCACACGGUCACUAUACGAUUGAUGUGAUUAUAGCAUACUUGGUUACUACACGACUGUUUUGGAUAUACCAUACAUUAGCUAAUAAUGUUUAUCUAAAGCAUAGCAGUUCCAAUAAUUAUUUAUCACGGUCAUGGUGGUUUUGGAUGUUCAGAUAUUUUGAAGGAAAUAUCAAUGGUCCAAUACCUCGUCAAUAUGAUUGGCCUUUACCAUGGCCUCGACGAUUCACAGCUGCCAAAUAUCCGAAUCGAGAUAGUUAG